AUGGGCUUCGACAGCCUCCCGGCCGAGUACGAGCCGAGCUACAGCACGCUGAAGAAGGAGAUGACAGACCUCGAGAAGCGGAUAGCGGCCAUCCCUAUUGAGCGGUAUCGCAACUUUUGCAUCGUCGCACACAUCGACCACGGCAAGAGCACCCUGAGCGACCGGCUGCUGGAGCUCACGGGGACGAUCUCUGCAAGUGAUGGUAAUAAGCAGAUUCUGGACAAACUCGAUGUCGAGCGUGAGCGAGGAAUCACCGUCAAAGCCCAGACAUGCACCAUGAUAUACAGAUACAAGGGACGAGACUACCUUCUUCAUCUUGUCGACACUCCGGGCCACGUCGAUUUCCGUGCCGAAGUCACUCGCUCCUACGCGUCCUGCGGAGGCGCACUGCUCCUCGUCGAUGCGAGCCAGGGCAUCCAGGCCCAGACUGUUGCCAACUUCUACCUAGCAUUCGCGCAGGGCCUUACCCUUGUACCAGUAGUCAACAAGGUCGAUCUUCCAACCGCAGACGUAGGUCGGGCGGUGUCGCAACUCCUGGAAACGUUUGAGCUCGGCGCAGAGGAUGAAGGCGGCAAGGGCGGUGCACCAGUGUUAGUGAGCGCAAAGACAGGCAAAAACGUCGAGGCGAUACUCCCGGCUGUUAUUGAGAGGGUGCCUGCUCCUGUUGGCGACCACAAGAAGCCGUUACGAAUGUUGCUCGUGGACAGCUGGUACGACACAUUCAGGGGUGUCAUUCUACUGGUGCGCGUCUUUGACGGCACGGUCCGGGCUGGGGAUCAACUUGUAUCGUACGCGACGGGGAAGAAAUACACCGUCGGCGAGGUCGGGAUACAAUACCCGAACCAAGUGCCACAAUCAGUGCUUCGCGCCGGACAAGUUGGGUACAUAUUCUUCAACCCCGGAAUGAAGAAGAUUCAAGAUUCAAAGAUUGGCGACACAUUCACGACGGUUGGCAGCGAGGACAUCGACCGUCUCCGGCAGGAACACGGUGCUAGCAUCAUCAUCACCGAGCCCUCAGUCCCGUCCCGCGUCAUCUGGCGCGAUGGAACCGAGACCGUAAUCACCAACCCAGCAGAGUUUCCGAGUCCCGAAGACCCUCGUGUUCGUGGCUCAAGGUUCUUCGAGCCCUUUGUGAACUCAACCAUCACUCUACCAGAGGAGUAUCUUGGUCGCGUCAUCGAGCUGUGCGAAGCAAAUCGCGGCGAACAGAUCAGCAUAGAGUUCUUCCAUGCGACACAAGUCAUUCUCAAGUACGCAUUGCCAUCUUCAAGCCUGGUAGACGACCUCUUCGGCAAACUCAAGGGCGCAACCAAGGGAUACGCAACACUAGACUACGAAGACGCUGGCUGGCGGGAGAGCCAACUAUCCAAACUCCAGCUGCUUGUCAACAAGAAGCCUGUCGAUGCAAUCUGCCGUGUUGUACAUAGUAGCCAAGUCGAUCGUCUGGGCAAGCAGUGGGUUGUCAAAUUCAAGGAACACGUGGAUCGCCAGAUGUUCGAGGUGGUUAUCCAGGCGGCGGUAGGAAGGCGGAUCAUCGCGCGGGAGACGCUCAAGCCCUUCCGCAAGGAUGUGUUGGCAAAACUUCAUGCCAGUGAUAUCUCGCGGCGGAGGAAGCUGCUAGACAAGCAAAAAGAGGGCAGGAAGAAGCUGAGGGCGAUUGGGAAUGUUGUCAUUGACCAGUCGGCUUUCCAGCGAUUCUUGCAGAGGUGA